AUUUCCAUAAGCUCUGAUUUUUGAAGGAUUUUCCUGCACUUACAUAUAAACUUGCUUGAUUGAACAUUCAAGUAAUUUACUAUUUGAAAUUUGAAAUCGAUUCCAGUCGGCGGGCUCCAACCUGGAGCAGCAAAAAGUUGUCUUCAUCUUUUUGAAAAAAAACACAUACUGGUGGAGAAAUUAAAGCAGCUAAUUAGCAUCUGAUGCCAUCCAGCUAAUUGAUCAAUAUUCGUUAAAUCCCAUUCGCCUAACCUGAUUGCAGCACUAUUUUUCAGACAAAUUUGCGGAUCGAAAUUCAAUUACUUUCGCCUUCUUCAGCAUGUCGGCGGCUCGGCUUCAGGCCUUGAAUGUAGAGGAAGGUAGGAAAGAAGAUGAAAUUCCAAUUGAAGAUCAUGAUCCUAAAGGGAUUUGGAAACGCUUGAGUUUGAAAGUGGUAAUUAAAAAAUUUGACCUGGAUUCUCGUUGGGGAUACGGGACUUUUCUCACAGCUUAUAUGAUUGUCAUCUUCGUGCAUCCUUUGCAUUACUACUCUUAUGUGAUCAAUCCCCAACAAAAUUGCCUUGAAAUCGACAAUGAAUUGUACGCCACGUUUGCCGUCGUCGCCUUCUUCAAUACUUACAUGCUUCUAUACGUUCCAAAUGUCAUCAGAAAAAUCUUUGCGGGAACUAUUACUAAAGAGAAGGGGAUAGAACAUUUCAUGUUUACUCAAGUACCCGUCUUGUUGAUGACAUUGACUAUACUUCCAGAUUUGACGAGGGGAACAACGGAUAGGAUUUUCUUGACUACAACGAACUUGUUUCUUUUCGGAUACAUGCUUCUGGUUAUUGGACUCUCGAUAACUAUUAGAAAUGCCUCCAAGCGUACAGGUUUCAUUGCUAAAGCCAAAUGGGCAAAAGCAGUGUUCAAUCUUUUCCUUUACUUGCAUGGAGGUCAUGUAUUUGGAGCAAUUUGGUACUGUUUUGCCAUCGACAGAGUUCUCGUAUGUUGGAGGGAUGAGUAUAUUUUCAAGAAUACAUUGAAAUUUGGUUCUUUUGUUUGUGGUAAUCAGAAUUUAGAGAAGCUAAGUUGUCUUAGAACGGCACAAGCUGGUGGAAAUAAUACAGAUUUUGGAAUAUUCAAGGAUGCUCUUCAAUAUAGAAUUGUGGAAAUGAAAUCAUUUCCGAAGAAAUAUUUAUUCUGUUUACGAUGGGGUCUGCAAGUUCUCAGUUGUUUCGGUCAAAAUCUUGAAGCAAGUACUUUUCCCUUGGAAAAUAUCUAUGUGAUUUCUGUAAUCAUCUAUUCCACGCUACUAUUUGUGUUUUUAAUUGGAAAUAUGCAGACAUAUCUACAAUCCGAAAGCGAAAAACCAGAGGAUAUCAUAAAAAACGUGAAGAUGGAAGAACGCUUAGAAUGGUUGAAGAAAGUAGAAGAGUUGGGAAAUUGGGAAGCAGCGUUAUUGAAAGAGCUGUGUUCUCGUAUCAAGCCAGCUUUCUAUGGUGACCGAACUCUCAUUGUCCGGGAGGGGGAACCGAUCAGUGAAAUUCUCUUCGUGCUGCAAGGCAAACUAGGGACGUACACCUCCAGUGGCACUGAUCAUGGCAAUAGCGAAAAUAUCAUUGGGAAAGAACUUGUCAGUUGGAUUCAGGCUCACCCUCAUUCAUCCAGCCUCCCAAUCUCAACCAGAACUGUUCAAACGCAACAGCGUGUGGAAGCCUUCGCUAUUACGGCCUAUGACUUGAGAGACGUAUUCAAUAAUAAGCCAAAACCAUCACAGAGGAUGAGCCCGAGAUCAAUCCUGAAGAGCAACAGAUUUAUCAGAUGUUUCCAUUCAUGACUUUUCAGAAACAGAGAAAUUCUUUGAACGCUUCCAAGCUUGGACUAUAUAUGAGCUCAAAAGAGAGACAAUAAUUCAUAGCCCGAUCCAAACAAAUCAUGGUACAGCUUUGGAAUUGGAAGGCGUUAUCACUUGGCUUCUAUAUAGCCACGGCAUAUUUUGAUCUAAACUUUCCUUUUUGGUAUAUAUAAUUAUGGCUUGUGAUACACAGUAAAGCUUUAUAUAUCUUUUCUAUUUAUUCUUCCUCACUUGUAAAUUAUAGAAGAAAAGACCUUCAAUAAAGUCAAAGAGAUGUAACCUCACCAAAAAAUUCAUCUCUAUGAUCGAGACAAUUGAAGAUUUC